AUGGCUCAACAUAAUCCUCUGAAUCCGGUUAACCUGCCCACAGUUAAUCUGUCACAACGACCUGUUGCCGAAAAUAACUAUCUUUCAGAUUCUUUGGAAUUGUCGGGGUUUCAAAGAGUAAAUAACAUUAAUCCUUCUAGGGAUUUUAAAGAAACAAUCAUCUCAACUAAUAUGCUUUUAAAGUUACCUUUGUCUAAAUCAUCUAGUGAAUCAAAAGCCCCUAGUUCUAGUUCAUUUGAUUCUUUAAAAUCAAUAGGGUCAUGUCCAGUUUCUUCGGUUACUAUCCCGUUAACUCUUUCUUCAUUUCCAAGAGUUAAUAGCAAUGAUGAUUUUAAUAGUAUUUUAUCUUUAAAUAAAGUUACCCCUCAAAAUGAUAAUCUAUCCUUAUUUGCAACUUUACCUGUGUAG